AUGAGUUAUGGCUUGCUAACCCCCGAGAAAGCAGUGGACGUGAUCAGCCGUAGCUUCCGUGGGAACCAGCACUGGGUACCGUCCAAGGCGCUGUCUACAUGUCUUUCGGUACCUUACCAACGACUUCUCGUUGUGACGACGCCAAAAGAUGAUCUUUCUAACUUGAUCUGGACGAGUGUGUUGGUGCUGGUUUACUGUGCAACGCACCUCGUGGACUCUCACGAGAGUUGGUACGAAGUCUCAGAUGCGUGUACAGCGUGGCUGCGGCAACAGCAGCUUUUCGUAGACCAGCGUGAAGAUCUCGUGCGCAGUGCCUGCAAUCUGUUGAAUGUCGGGGACCCUGACCAGCUUCUCUUGACGCUUUUCGCUUCAGUGCUGGAGCCAUUUGACCCUGCAAUAGCAGAGGAAAAUGCCAUGCUGCUACGUGAAGGCUGGCAACGAUGUUUCUUGAAUGAGCCUCCGUAUUCUGCUUACUAUUGGAACGCCGAGACCAACCACAGCACGUGGCGCCAUCCUCUAGAAACUGCGCAAAUGGAGCGAGAUCUCCAAGAGAGGAAGGAGAAACGGCACGCUUUACUUGCUAAGGUUCUUCCCUUGCGUCUUCCCAUUAACCGCGAUGCGAAGCCACCCACAGCAGUGCAAAUGUGCUGUGAAUGUGCUGUACGUAACACGAAACAAGCUGCCGCUGUGCUUUGCCUAGAGUGCGGCUCGAAAUACUUCUGCGACGAAUGCUGCGAUGUUGUGCACUGCGAUCGAAUCAAACGUAGUCAUUUGGCCAGUAGUACUAUGCGCUUCCGACCGUGUUUUGGUCGUGCCGGUUUCCCCAAGAUCGAGCCAAGACCGCGUACACCGUUCAUGAUUUACCAGGAGGAGCAAAAGAGACUUCAGGAAGAACAAAGCGAAGACAAAAUCUCAGCUAGCUUUUUCAUGACUGUGUACUGCAUUGUCGUGAUGCUUUUCCUCGGCUUCGAGUCCAUUACGCAGAGCAUCGCGAUGACCGUGUCCGUGUUCGCUGCUGUGAUAGGAAAGCCAAAGUAG